AUGAAUGAAGCUCAUGUCUGAGACCUUCUGGGUGACUAAUUUAUUUAGUUUUUGUCCUCCAGUUUUUCUCUGUGAAGUUUUUUGCUGAGAAGCAGCGAUAACUCAGCAGAUCCUCUGCAGAAAAUCAGACGAGUUUCUACAACAGAAAGUCAUUGCAGCUCUGAUGAAACCGAUAAAACCUGCAGCCUCUAAAUGCAACAAAGAGGAUGAAGAUGAUCUCCCUGCUGCUCCUCAUCCUCAGCUCAUGUCUCUGUGCAGCAACAUUUGUAGUGAAUGUGACCCAGAGCAGCUAUGAGGCAGAGGAGAACCACAGCAUCACUCUGGAGUGGACCUUCACCACCAGGACUCAGGGAUCCUACAGGGAACUGUUCAUCUACUGUGAAGCGAACACGGAUCAUGGAGUUUUAGUUCUCUAUCAGGUCCAUGAAGGAGUUGAGAUUCCAGAGUCUCAGGAUGAUCAGUUUUCAGGACGAGUCCAGAGUGACAAAGACGUCCUCAGAGAAGGACGAAUCAGACUCCAUGUGUCCAGACUGAGGACUGAAGACUCUGGUCUGUAUCUGUGUGACGUGAAAACUGAAGAUGGAUUCAACUCUGGAAGAUGUCGACUCAACGUUACUGGAAAAACUGAAGAGUUUUCUAAAACCUUUUGGUCCAUUGCACUGAUCAUCAUCCUCUCCAGUCGUAAUGUGGGUGUGGCUUUAAACUACAAGAACCGAAAGUUGGAUCUGUCUCUACGUCAGUUUCAGCUUCAGCUCAAAGCGAGUCACAACACUGGUAGUAAAGGGAAGUCAUGGCGCUCUGGAUUGAAUGUUGUGAUGGCGCCCCCUACUGUUAAAUGA